CCUAUCUGUCAGUGUGAACCCUAUCAUUACCCGAUUAUGCCUGCACCUGCUCCUGUAAACGAAUCAAUAACCACCACCACUGCUGCUGCUGCUGUUUGGCAACAAGCAGUUCCCGAUCAAUUUCAAGACACUAUGAGUGAAAAAGAAGAACAAGACGACGACGAUUUUGACGAUUACGACGAUUAUCUUGAUGACGAACUCAAUGACACUGACUUGUGGGAUAAUGCUACUGGAGAUUUUACAAAACAAUACAAUCGUUUACGACAGCAGGUCAACACAAACAACAAUCAACCAUCUGCCAAAGUGGUAGUACCUGCCAGUAACUUAAAACGCCCGAUACCAGCCAACUCGAAAGCAGCUACUUCUACCACUACUACUGCAACCGAUGAAAAUGAUGGCCGAGCCGUAGCAGAUAAACGGCGUGACCUGGAUACGCAAAUCGAACGCUUGGGUCAUUUUGCAAGCCGUAUUCAAGUAUCGGACUAUACACCCGGUGCUGUCGCUGUGGGAGGUGGUAGCAGAAAGGCUAACGGUGAAAGAACGAUUCAAAAGGACAAGGCAGACAGAGCCACGGUGGAGCAAGUAUUAGAUCCACGUACCCGCAUCAUUCUCUUCAAGAUGCUCAACAAGGGCAUCUUUUACGAAAUCAACGGCUGUGUGAGUACGGGUAAAGAAGCCAACGUGUACCACGCGACGACCGAAGACGGAGUGCAUCGUGCGAUCAAAGUAUACAAAACAUCGAUCCUGACGUUCAAAGACCGUGAUCGGUACGUGACGGGCGAAUACCGUUUCCGACACGGGUACAGCAAAUCGAACCCGCGCAAAAUGGUCAAGGUGUGGGCGGAAAAAGAGAUGCGCAAUCUGCGACGCUUGAAGCAGGCAGGCAUUCCAUCGCCCGAGGCAUUGGUCCUGCGCAUGCAUGUUCUGGUCAUGGAAUUCUUGGGCGACAAGAAUGGAUGGGCCUAUCCAAGACUCAAAGAUGCUCAGAUCGAUGCAUCGCGCUAUCCUGCUCUGUACUACCAGCUGAUCAAGAAUGUCAGAACCAUGUAUCAGGUCUGCAAGCUGGUUCAUGCUGAUUUGAGCGAAUACAACAUUCUAUACCAUUCACGGACACUUUACAUUAUUGACGUAUCACAGUCCGUUGAACACGAUCAUCCGCAUGCAUCCGAAUUCUUACGGAAGGAUUUGGCGAACGUGUCGGACUACUUUGGCAAAAAGGGCGUCCGGGUCAUGAGUCUGAUGGACUUGUUUGCUUUUGUGGUCGAUGCAUCGUUUGGCAAUGAUGACCAAGUGGUGGAUCGUAAACUGGAAGAGAUUCAAGCUAAAAUGGAUGCAGAGCCGGAGAAAGAACGCAACAAGGUGGAAGAAGAUAUUUUCAUGAAGUCUUAUAUACCACAGAGUUUGGAAGAAGUUGUGGAUGCUGAACGAGAUACCUUGCGUAUUGCAGAAGGCAAGGGUAAAAAUGUGAGUAGAAAGUUGGUUCUGGUCUUCUUUUUAUUGUGAUGAUUGACUUUCAGAGCAAUUUCCCCGUCAUGUAUAGCUUGUAUACGCCAACUUGCUCGGUGAUUCAAAUUUCCAACAAGCAGCAACCAAGGUGGACGAUGAUGCAAGUAAUGUGGAAUCUACUCAGAGCAAGAUUGCAGAUCUGCGGAUAGAGAGUGACAC